CUUGAAGGAAAAUUCUCCUGCUCUUGUGCCUGGUUUUGUUUCACAGGUACUAGUUACCAUUUACUGGCUGGGAAAAGCAGCAAAUAGCUCGGCGUCCUAUAGCGGCACGACACUGAACCUGAAGGAGUUUGAAGGCUUGCUGGCUCAGAUGAGAAAGGAGACUGAUGACAUUGAGAGUCCCAAACGUAGUAUCCGAGACAGUGGCUACAUAGACUGCUGGGAUUCCGAGCGCAGCGACUCCCUGUCUCCCCCUCGCCACGGCAGAGAUGAUUCCUUCGACAGCCUGGAUUCCUUUGGCUCCCGUUCCCGGCAGACCCCUUCACCAGAUGUAGUCCUCAGGGGAAGCAGCGAUGGGAGAGGAAGUGACUCGGAAUCCGACUUGCCACAUCGGAAGCUGCCAGACGUGAAGAAGGAUGACAUGUCUGCGAGGCGGACUUCCCACGGUGAGCCGAAAUCAGCAGUGCCUUUUAACCAGUACCUCCCGAACAAAAGCAAUCAGACGGCCUACGUCCCCGCUCCUCUGAGGAAGAAGAAAGCAGAGCGAGAGGAAUAUCGCAAGAGCUGGAGUACUGCCACCUCCCCCCUGGGUGGGGAGAGGCCCUUCAGCUGUCCUGAAACAAUAGAGGAAGAGGGAAGUGAAGUGGGGUCUCCUUGUGAAGAGGACCCAGUCGGCCCAGUGGAUCCUGGUGGGAAGCCUUCUGAUGGUGGGUUAGAAUUGCCCACUGGCAGUGGCCAGGAGCAGCCUCCUCCAGAGGGGGCUGUGGAGGCACCAGCUCCCAAGUCUGAAGAAAAAGAUGCCGUUGAAAUCCAAAAGCGCCGGAGGCUAGAACAAGCUGGAAUCAAGGUCAUGCCUGCGGCACAGCGCUUUGCCAGUCACAAGCAAUUAAGUAAUGAGAAAGAAGCUGUUCAUGACAUUAACCUUCACAAAGGAAACCCUUUCCUGACCCACCAACGGGGCAAAGAUUCAGAGUCAGAAGAGGAAGUUGCAUGUCGGCGGCCUGAUCUUGAGAAAGAUGACUUUGCUGCAAGGAGAGCGAGGAUGAACCAGACCAAGCCAGCAGUGCCAUUGAAUCAACUCCUCUAUGGGCCUUACCAAAAAAAGGAGGCAGAGAAAUCAGAGAGCCGCAAACCGCUCUCAAAGGGAAUUUCAGAAAAGAAAAGUCUAGAAUAUAAAAGAAACCAGGGCCAAACAGAAGAGUUGAAGUCAAUGGUGACCUGUAUCACUCGGACUCAGGAGAGCGAACCGGCAGAAUUGGGAGUGAGGAAGGUGCCAGAUCUUUACAGGGAUGACCUGGCUCAGCGGAGAAUUCAGGGCCACCUCGCCCCUCACCGAGAGGCUCCGAGAUUUGUCACAGUCUCCAAUAUCACCGAAGCUGACUUGGAGACGUGGGAGAGACUGAAAGUGUCAGAAAAGACGAGGGAUGGAGAUGUUGAGCACAUCUGUGCCCCUGAGCCUUCACCAGAAAUUAAAGCAGAAACUGCCAUUCGUGAUGAUUUUGCCAGCCGCAAAGCAAGGGCCUAUAAGAAAGCUUCCAGCCCCCGGCAGAAGUUUGUGCACUUUGGACCCGUGACAGAGAUAGAUCAGCAGAAAUGGAAGCGGCUCAGCAUCGGCCAGGCUGGGCCUAGGGAGGAGGUAGAAGAAGUCCUCAGUCGUGGCAGCAAGACUGAAACUUACUCUGUCCCCCCUUCCUCCGCGGCCACGUCCAGUUUAGAAAAAGACCAAACGCUUACUCCACAAAAUGACCCCAGAAUAGUGAAUUCUGGCGUCGCUGACUAUUGCAAAAGGGUCUCGUGGCUGGCUUCUGUGCUGGAGACCCAGGAGGAGCAUGUGUGCAGUUUGAGCGAGCGCCCGGGGACAGAGGAAGCGACAAGCAAACAGCUGCCACAGGUUGGCAAAGAAGAGAAGGAAGGAGCUGCUCAAAGAGAUUCUGCGAGGCCGCCAAAGGCUGAAAGAUCAGAGGAGAGCAGCCAGCCACCUUUGUGUCCCCCGGCCUCUGAAUGCAAGACUUCGGGGACGGAAGAGAGCUCGGAGAAGAUGACAGCCAGGAGUGGCAGCGGACUGAAAGGCCAAGGAAGGUUGUAUGAUUCGCAAAAAGAUGACAUGAUGGUCAGGAGAACCGGGAUGUCUCUUAGACGCGUUGGAUCCAAUGUAAACCAGUUCCUUCCAGUUCCAUUUGCAAAGCGACAGAAUGUGGAGGCAUCUGCCAAGGGUCCACCAUUGAAGGAUAAGAGAUACGGUCCGAGAACUCCUGUGUCUGAUGACGCAGAGAGCACGAGUAUGUUUGACAUGCGGUGUGAGGAGGAGGCCACGGUGCAGCCACACAGCAGGGCCCGCCAGGAGCAGCUGCAGCUGAUAAAUAACCAGCUGCGGGAAGAGGACGACAAAUGGCAAGAUGACCUGGCUCGUUGGAAGAGCCGUAGAAGAAGUGCUUCUCAGGACUUAAUCAAGAAAGAGGAAGAAAGGAAGAAAAUGGAGAAGUUACUGGCUGGAGAGGACAGAACAAGUGAACGAAGGAAAAGCAUCAAAACCUACAGAGAAAUUGUUCAAGAAAAAGAGCGGAGAGAGAGGGAGUUGCAUGAGGCCUAUAAGAACGCACGGUCCCAGGAGGAGGCGGAGGGGAUCCUUCAACAGUACAUCGAGAGGUUCACCAUCAGUGAGGCUGUUCUCGAACGCUUGGAGAUGCCAAAAAUUCUGGAAAGAAGCCAUUCCACAGAGCCAAACUUAACCCCCUUCCUGAACGACCCUAGCCCCAUGAAGUACCUGCGGCGACAAUCACUGCCCCCACCCAAAUUCACUGCCACCGUGGAGACCACCAUCGCUCGGACCAGCGUUCUGGAUACCAGCAUGUCAGCAGGCAGUGGGUCUCCAAGCAAAACCGUCACCCCCAAAGCAGUGCCUAUGCUGACACCCAAGCCUUACUCCCAGCCCAAGACCUCUCAAGAGGUUCUGAAGACCUUUAAGGUAGAUGGGAAGGUCAGCAUGAAUGGAGAAACGGUUCAUGGUGACAAGAAGGAGAAGGAGAAAGAAUGUCCCAUGGUGGCACCUGCCUCCUCAUUAACAAAAUCCCAGAUGUUUGAAGGUGUGGCCAGAGUGCGUGGGUCCCCAGUGGAGCUCAAACAGGGCAACAGUAGCAUUGAGAUCAACAUAAAGAAGCCAAAUUCUGUUCCCCAAGAACUGAGAGCAACCACUGAGGAAACCGAACCGAACAGUCAAGAGGAUGAGAAUGAUGGCGAAAAAACACAGAAAGGGAAUACGGAAGUUGCUUCAUCAGAACCUCAGCAUUUUACAACAACUGUGACUCGAUCCAGCCCGACUGUGCCCUUUGUGGAGUUUUCCUCCAGCCCCCAACUGAAGAACGAUAUGCCAGAAGAAAAAGACCAGAAGAAACUGGAAAAUGAGAUGAGUGGAAAGGUGGAGUUGGUGCUGUCACAAAAGGUGGUAAAGCCCAAAUCACCAGAACCAGAAGCAACCCUGACAUAUCCAUUUCUGGACAAAAUGUCUGAAACCAACCAAUUACAUUUGCCAAACCUCUAUUCUCAAGUGGAGUCUCUGGGCAGUGAAAAGUCACCUGUAACUACACCUUUUAAGUUCUGGGCAUGGGACCCAGAAGAGGAGCGCCGGCGACAGGAAAAAUGGCAACAGGAGCAGGAACGUUUGCUCCAGGAGAGAUACCAGAAGGAACAGAACAAGCUGAAAGAAGAGUGGGAAAAGGCCCAGAAGGAGGUGGAAGAGGAGGAACGCAGAUACUAUGAGGAGGAGCGCAAAAUAAUUGAAGACACUGUGGUUCCAUUUACUCUUUCUUCAAGUUCUGCAGACCAGCUGUCUACAUCCUCCUCUGUGACUGAAGGCAGUGGGAAAAUGAAUAAGAUGGAAAACUGUCAAGAGGGAGAACAAGAGGCAAGACAGAAGAAACCACUCCAGGGGGACAACAAUGAUUUAUUGCUUAAGCCUCGGGAAAAUCAUCCACCAGAGGAAAUGGGCAGCCUAACUCAAGGGGCCUUGGCUCAUUCUAAGAAUCCUGUAUCAAAAGGAGUUCAUCAAGACCAUCAGCUGGAUACAGAAACUGGGGCCCUACACUGUGGGAUGAACUCACAGCUAGCUCAGGAUCCAACCCAGAAUCAGCAGGUAUCGAACCCACUGAUGCACAUUUUAGAAGAUGUGAAGCCAAAAACUCUCCCUUUGGAUAAAAGCAUUAACCAUCAGAUCGAGUCUCCGAGUGAGAGACGGAAGAAAAGCCCUCGAGAGAAUUUCCAGGCUGGGCACUUGUCCCCUUGUUGUCCCACCCCUCCUGGCCAAUCACCAAACAGGUCCAUCAGUGGGAAGAAGCUGUGCUCGUCCUGUGGGCUCCCUCUGGGCAAAGGAGCUGCCAUGAUCAUUGAGACCCUCCAUCUCUACUUCCACAUCCAGUGCUUUAGGUGUGGAAUUUGUAAAGGACAGCUUGGAGAUGCAGUGAGUGGGACGGAUGUUAGGAUUCGAAAUGGUCUUCUAAACUGUAAUGAUUGCUACAUGCGAUCCAGAAGUGCUGGCCAGCCCACAACAUUGUGACGUGGUUUUCAAGCUUCCAGA